UCGCUUCACCAUUGGUGACACUAAAUCUUUUUUCCCUUUAAUGGUUAAAGUAAAACAUAAGGAUACUAUUUAAUUAAAAAAAACCCCAGAAAGCUGCAAUAUUAAACCAAUAGCCGACGGUAAACCGUGCGUAGUGUAGUGGGUGCUGAACAUUGCAGUUACACUGUGUAUUAGGUGUUGUGCUCCCUUCUGCUGGUGGUAUCAAGUUACUGCAUGAUUAAUCGUUUAGUCUCUUCUCUUGAUUCCAUGAUCAUGUAAACCAGUGGCAAUGUGUUCAAUGUUAUGUCUGAUUCUCUGCUAACAACAACGAACAUGUUAUAAACUUUGCAAAAUGUGGAUAAUAAAUCUUUAAAAAGAAUUGCAUGGAUUCAGCGAUCAUCCCGCCGCAGUGCGUUAACAGGUUGACGAUGCACUUGACUUCUAGUAGAUUUCUACUGUGUUAUUAGAGCAUGCGCAGUUCAGAAUCUUAGCAGUCGAAAAUAAGUAAAUACCUAUCUGUAUACAAUAAAAGGGACUUGUCUUGUUUGUGAAAACUCAAAACGUGAGGUAUUGUCCUAAUCAAUCAUUAAAUUAAAGCCAUCUGAUUUUUCCUUGCAAAACAAAUUAAAUUCGCAGGUUCGUUCAGCUCUCUUUAUAUUCGGUUCGCAGUAAAUCGCGGUACACUACACUGUACACACACUGUUCAUUCACUGAUCACAUCGGUUUACAAAUGCCUGCAGCGGGGAGGGGGGUGUGGUGGUAAAGGACGAGGAAGGGAGGGGACACAGCAGUGUGCCUCCUCCAGUGGAGCCGUCCACUCUCCUAUUGCCCCACCUGACGCCUUACGGCCCGGGCUGAUCCCGAGCAGCGCAGCUCCCAGCCAGGCCGCCAUGGCGAGUAUGGAGAUCGCACCUCUCAGACCGUGGGACGACUUCUUCCCCGGACCGGACAGGUUCGCGAAACCCGACCUAAGCGACCUGACCAAGUGGAAUAACAGAGUCAUCAGCAACCUUUUAUACUACCAGACCAACUACUUCGCGGUGGCCGCCGUGCUCUUCCUCAUCGUGGGGUUCAUGAAUCCAUUGGGCAUGAUUCUGGGUGGGGCAGUGGUCACCCUGGUGUUUGUAGGCUCAGUGUGGGCAGGGGAAAACAAGGCCAUGAUCAAGAACUUCAAGAAGAAAAACCCCGCGCUGUUUGUCGUCAUUGUGAUGGUUGCCAGCUACUUUCUCAUGUCACUGUGUGGGGGCGUCAUGGUCUUCCUGUUCGGCAUCACCUUCCCUUUGCUCCUGAUCCUGGUCCAUGCCUCUCUGCGCUUGAGAAAUAUAAAGAAUAAGCUGGAGAAUAAGAUUGAGGGAGUGGGGCUGAAGAAGUCUCCAAUGGGAAUCAUCCUGGAUGCACUGGACCAGCAGGAAGAGAGGAUGAACAAGAUACAAGAUUUCUUGGAGAGCAAGUUCAAGGAGUGAUCUUGAUGUUGUUGCCUGAAGGGAGCUUGUGUCACAAGCUUGCUGCCUCCUCGUUCAGGUGUUCCUUGCCACAAUGUGCACCACGCUUGACAGAAACUUACAAAUUUUUGUCUUUUUUUUUGGGCUAAAAAAUUCAACACAUUUUAUUCUGUGUAUUUCUGUUUCUUUUUGACUAUGUGAAAGCCUCAGUUUGUCUCCGGAAGGUGCAUAUUAUAGUUUGAGAAACAUCUGAGCUGAGCGUGCACAAACUAUUAUUACUAUUCUGUUGUUGUUAUUACUUUUCUAUAUGUGUCUGUGUGUAUAAAAUUUUUGUUUUUUCCAUGGACAAUUUCAGAUAGUGUCACAUUCCACAAUUGAUUUAUUAUUUAACAUUUUUAGGGGGAACAUCUUCUAUCAUCUGCUAAAGUUUAAGUGUUUAAUACAUAGUUUAAUACACAAUACAUAGCUGUGUGGUGUAGAUACAUCUACUGUGCCACCUUGUAUAUUUCCUAAUAUACUAUAUUUCCUAAAAUAUACCAUUAUAAUUUUUUUCCUCAUUUUAAAACACAUAUGGCAUGCAGAAAGAGGUUAUGACCGGAAGAGACAUAUUUACAAUAAUAUAUCCCUAAUUAUAAUAUCAUUGUCAGGUUUUCCUAAUUCCAGUCCCUACAGAGGAUCCAUUUGUUGUUUCCGUCUUCACUCUUGAAUGCUUAUGUUUGAUAAAACUGUCAAUUUAAAUACUGUCCCGGGUUAACAUAACAUUACAUUAUGUCAUCUCUAAUUCUUGCCCUUGUUUAAAGGACAAAUUGUCCUUGAUGAGUUUAUUGAAUGAUGGAGUGAUUAUUUAAUUGUAAUUUGCUUAAGGCACAGAAUUUACAUAUUUUUGUUGCUUAACAGCAUGUACAAAUGCAUAAGUAAUAUUUUUCACCCAGAACCUGACCUUUGAGAUGAUUUAGUAAUAUGGCUAUGCAAUCUGAGGAACAUAGUAAGUAUUGGCAGUUGUCUGUUUUACAUGGUAUUUAUGUCCCUGAUCUGUUCUGUCAUCUCAGCUGUGUUACAAGUGUUGGUGUUUUGGAAUGUUAUGUAUUCUAGAGUCAUUUUGCAGAAAAACACAAUGGUUUACACUGUCAGUGGAUGUCUUGCCUGUACAAUACGUGUAAGAUAUUAAUAGAUGUACAAUUAACUUUUAAUCUCUCUGCAUAUGAAGUACUAAUGGUAACCUCUCAUUUGCCCAGCAUCUCCUGCUUAUUGAUGAAAGUCAUUUAUUUUGUGUUUGUACUCUUUGCAAGACGAAGAGCUUGGAGGUUACUUGACAAAAUGGUCUUUGUUAUUCAUUUGCCUGUACGCAACUCGCAUUCCCCUCUGACGGGCUGUCAGAUGUUAGGCUGUUGUCUGCUAGAAGUUAGACUACUUACCCUAGUUGUAAUGUCUGCUUAUGCAAAAAUCACAGUGCAAUAUCUGUUUUAUUGACUUCAAAAACCUGCUGAAAUGAUGGGCACAAUUUCAUCUCACUGCACUAUGGGUUAAAUUUCCAAGCAUGUUGCCUGUCUAAGCACCAAAAUUGCAUGCUAAUAUAUUUAUUUACCAAAUUAAACUGGCACAUGAAACAGUUGUGUCUGCUGCAAUUAAAAUGUUUAAUGCAAAGUCUUUAUUUUGUACUGUUUGUGUGCCCUUUAAGUAAAUCUAAGGGUUUGUUCCAAAGGACUGUUCCACUGCGAUCCUCAGCUGAUGAGCUGACGAUAUAUUUGUAAACCUGGAACAGUAAUACUGUUCCUCCAACAAAAUAAACAAAACCCCAUGGCA